AUGAGUGAUCCGAGUGAUUUUCCAGGUAUGGCCCACUUUGUUGAGCACAUGACCUUUAUUUCGAGUAAAAAGUAUCCAAUCGAGGGUGAAUAUAAGGAUUUUCUGAAGAAACGUGGAGGAGCAACCAAUGCAUCGACCUCCGCUGAAAAGACAACCUAUUAUUUUACAAUAUCGAAUGAUUAUUUGGAAGAAGCUUUGGAUAGAUUUGCUCAAUUUUUCAUUUCUCCAACAUUUUCUGAACAUCAAAUCAAUAGAGAAGUCGAGGCAAUUAAUAGUGAAUUUAAAAAGAAUUUACAAUUGGAAGAAAGAAGACUCUAUCAAUUGAUGAAAAAUUCGUCAAAUCCACUGCAUCCAUUUAGAAAAUUUGGAACUGGAAAUACAAUUUCAUUGAAAACCGAACCUGAAAUGAAAAAUUUAAACUCGAGAGAGCACAUGAUUGAAUUUUUUGAAAAAUACUAUUCUAGUAAUCAAAUGAAAUUAUCAAUUAUUGGAAAUUAUCCAUUUGAAAUAUUAGAACAAUGGGCAAGAAAUUCAUUUUCUGAAAUACGAAACAAUAAUAUGCAAACAUACAAGUAUUAUCCAAGUUCAGUUGAGCCAUUUAACAAUGAAAAUCUGGCCAGAUUAUACAAAUAUAUUCCAAUAUCUGACAGUCCUGUUCUCACCAUCAUGUUCCCCAUCAAUAUUUCAUAUCCUGUUGAGGAGAUGGGAAGAAAUAUGUACUACAAACAAAGCUCGAUAACUAUGCUCAACAACUUGCUAGGUCAUGAAGGUAAAGGAUCUCUUUAUUCUAAAUUUCGAGCUGAAGGACUGGCUCAAAGUGUAGAGUCAUACUAUUACAGUUAUGGAGGUGUUAGUGAUCCAAACACAUCUUUUUAUUUCCUAAUUGUUAAAGUCGAGUUGACAAAAAAGGGAGAAGAUAAAUGGCAAUCAAUGAUAGAGGAUAUUUUCGAAUAUAUCAGCAUGUUGAAAAAGGAUGGAAUACCAAAAUACUUUUUUGAUGAACUUAGUCAAAUGAAAAAGCUAGCCUUUGAGAAUGCUCAGUUUACCUCCACCCAUGCCUCUAAUUUGGCAUCGAGUCUUCAACUUCACCUUCCACAUGAAGUCAUAUCUGCUAACUAUCUUAUUUAUGAGUUGGAUGAGGUUGAUAUUUCAAAUGUGUUAGGACAAUUACAUGCAGAAAAUAUGAACAUUUACAUUUGUAGCAAGUCCUUUGCACAAGAUGAAUUGAAACAUACAGAGAGAUGGUAUGAUAUCAAGUACUCUACAGAUAGAUUGGAUUUUGAUUUUCUGAAUUUAUUAAAGAUGAGUAAGAUUAAUUGCUCCAAAGAGUUACACCUUCCACCACAGAAUAUAUAUGUGCCUUAUAAUUUGGAACUUGUGGAGGAAGAAUCUACCGUAUAUCCUGAAAAGAUUGUAGAUGCUGACACUAUUCGAACUUGGUUCAAGAAGGAUGAUUACUUUAAAACUCCAAGAGGUGACAUUAUUGCUAACAUUAUCGUACCACAAAGCUAUUCAGAUCCAUCCAAUGCUGUAAUGGUUCAAUUAUUUUGUGAUAUGGUACAAUAUUCAUUGAAUGAAGAGUUAUACAUGAUCAAACUUGCAAAAAUUUCCACUGAAAUUGAAAUGAACAAGAGAGGUUUAGCGAUUUCAACAUCAGGUUUCAGUAAUCAUUUGGAAGAUGUCAUUUAUGUAAUGUUAAGAGAAAUUGUGCACAUGUUCGAUAAUGUUGAUACAUGUUUUACUGAAAAAAUGUUUGAUUACAUCAAGGAAAAUAAUGUUAGGUAUUAUCAGAACCAAAAGUUUAAGAGACAACCAUAUCAAUUUGCUAGUUCAGAAUACAUCAAUUUCUCUUUGAGGGCAUUUGAUUAUUCAUAUGAGGAGUUUGCGAAUGCUUUAGAAAAAAUUACACUGGAGCAAUUCAAAGGAUUUGUUAAAUUUUGGAGUUUGACAAUGACAGUUGAGUGUCUUAUUCAUGGUAACUUUAAAAAGGAUUUGGCAAUGAGACUAUCUGAUAAUAUAACUAGAAUUUUAUUUGAAGAAAGAAACAAAAGACCAAUGACGCCUCUCCCUUGUCAGGAUUUACUUACCAAUGUAGCUAUUUAUCCACCGAAUAAGGAUCUUGCUUUAGUAAUUCCAAAUCCAAAUGAAACGAACGAAAAUAGUGCAAUUCUUUCCUGUUUCCAUAUUGGCCCGAGAUGUAUGAGGAUGGAUUGCAUUUUGGAGCUUUUUGCACAAGUAUCAAGUAGCAAAUAUUUCCAAUAUAUGAGAACAGAAAAUCAAUUUGGAUACAUUGUUAGCAGCUAUCAACAAAUGAUCCACAAUGCCUCCUUCUUUGCUUGUGUAGUUCAAACAGUUAAAGAUGAUUUGUAUCACAUCUUCCAUGAGAAUGAUUUAUUCUUUGAAAAAUUUGGUAACCAUUUGGAGGAAAUUACAGAUGAAAAGUUUACCGAAAUUAUUGAAUCAAUCAUUUCCAAAAACUUGGAAAAAGAAAAGACAAUGGCUCAACGAUCCUCUCGAUACGAUAUUGAAAUAUACAGAAAGCAAUACAGAUUUGAUAGAUACCAACUGAAAGCUGAGGAAUUUAAAACAAUAACCAAGGAUGAUCUCAUUAACUUUUAUAGAGAUUAUAUUUUGAAAAGUGGAAAGAAUUUUGCAAGGGCUAGCUUUAUUGUAACAAAGAAGGAUUUGAUUAUUACAUUCCCAGAAGAGAAAAACAUUGAGCUCGUCAGAAAUAAGGAAAAUUUCAAACUAGGCCUAUCAUAUCAUCCACAUUUCAUUUAUUAUUGAUUAGCUUGAAUGUUCAUCACUUUCUUUCAAAAGUUUGGUGAACAACAUUUGCAAUUUUCAAUUCGUCCACAAGUUUAAAAUCAUUUUCAAAUUCAGGAAUGUCCAAAUAAAUACCCUCACCAAGAGUUUCGUCC